AUGCUUUCCAAAAUCAUCCUUCCUUUUCUCAUCGGAGCAGCAAGCUUCGUGCACGCCUCUCCUGUACCGGAUACCUUGAGCGAGAAACGCACUUGCGGAACUCAACUCUUCCCUAGCCAACUCGUGCAGCUCUCUCAAGCAAAUCCAAAUACUGCGUAUCCUAACACGUGGAAUACGGAUAAAUCCGUCAAAAUUAGUCAAGAUGUUGAUGGCAAUGGCAACCCCACCAACCAAUACUGGCAACUAAUAGCCUUCCCGGCCCUCCCUGCCGGCUCCUACGGCUGUUCUCUAGCCCUCACCUUCCCUCACUCCUACUCACCCACCAUCAGCGGCAUCUCCCCCGCCCUCAACGUCUACACCGUUUCUACCCCUCUGCCCAAUACCCCCACGUUCAACAACAUUAGUCCUAAAAUCAACUCUGGAAUAUUCGGGACUGUGACGCCUGCGAGUGAUCAGAAUGUUGUGAUUAGUAGUGAGGCGUGUAAUGGGGGUAGUGGGCUGGGAUUGGCUUUUGUGUUUAGGUAUGCGGAUUGGGUGAAGGGACAGGGAAGUGUGGAGUGGACGGAGUAUGUUAAUGCUUUGAAUGGGGAGGGGGAAUUAUCGAAAGACGCGUGA